AUGGCGGCUGGACUGGGUGAGACGGCGUCAAUUGCCGGCAUUGUCAGUUUAGUACUGCAAUCGAUCGAGGCCAUCACCGCUAUUAACGAUUUCUGUAGAGCGUACAAGGCUGCGCACGGUGACGUUUUGAGGGCAUCACAAGACCUCGAACUGCUCCAACAGGUUCUCAUUCAAACCAAAAAUGCCGCAAGUUCUGACAUGAUCCACUCCAAAUGUCCAUCAAACCAGGUUACAUGCCUGCGCAAUUGUGUCUCACGAUGCCAGCAGGAUCUUGGGUCCUGGAUCUCCCUGAUAAGACAACUGGAGACGAGCAAUAUUCACGGCAUACAUAGGGUCUGGAAAAAGAUCAAGAUUGCCGCAGAUGGGAAAAAGUUCAACUCCAUCACUAUCGCGGCAUUGAUGCAUACCCAACGCAUUAACACAUGUUUGCAACUUAUUGACUGUGGUUUGGAACUUGAUAUACACACCGAGGUAUAUCAACUUGGAUCCAGAGUAGUCGACCUGACCAACAUCACAAACACUUUGCGCUCCGAAAUCUCGGACAACUUUGAUGCCUUAAGUGAUACAUUUCGCCAACAUCAUAUCAGGAUCAUGGCAGCCGUCAGCUCCGUGAAAACCAAUAUGAGACACCUUUCGGCAAGGGCCGACGCCAACGCUGCUGCUGUCCACGCGUCUCAACAUGUCUUCCAGCAAAUGAGUUCCAAGUUGCUGAACGAGUUCCGGAAAGUCCAGGCCCAGAUUGCUGACCACCGCAAAUCCACUGCCCAGCAAUUCUCUCUGGCCUCCGCCUCUCAACUUGACACAAAUACCCAGCUGUCUACCCUUCAGAUCAAUCAAAUAUUAAGUCAGUGUCUGCUGUCGCCAUGUCUCGACAACCACUUGAAUCUGCGGCGGAUACGUUUUCGUUUCGCCAAGCAAAACCUGGGGAAGUUUGUCGGGUUUUCCGACCUUUUUCUCUCGCCCCGACUCAAGGCAUGGUCAAGGGCAACGGAAUCUGCCCUUGUUGCGAUUCAAUGUCACUACGCCCAUCGCGUUGAAGCACAGGCGUUUGGUGUCGCUAUGGUGGAGAGUCUAGCCAAAGAAUCUAUUCCCGUGAUAUGGGUCAUGAAUUCGACUCGAAAGGACAACAUAAGUGCGGAGACACUUGCUACCUACGCUUUACGAAGCCUGAUACAGCAAGCACUAAUCAGAAAUUCACAAUGGCACACUGAAGCUACGCUUGGAAAGAUCUGUGCUAGCUUAUCCUAUGCAGAGAGCUUGAGAACAUUUCUUGAGAUCCUUAAAACAGUUUUGCGUGGUCUGCCAUUGAUAUAUCUCAUUAUAGAUGCGCAGCCACUGUAUACACCUGAUCUUCAACACGAAUGGCCAACUAUGCUUCUCGACAUGCUCCAAACGAUCAACACGCAUGACUCCCAUUCCCCAACCAUUGUCAAAAUCUUACUCAUGAAUUACCACACAAAGACGAUUUGGCGACCCGUAGAACCCGCCCACAAAGAGAUGAUAAUCUGGAAAACAAAAGCAGCAACAAGUGAUGUGAGGUUUCCCCAUAAACUGCUUAGAAAAGAUAUGCUGGAAUUUAUCCGAGGACAAAGCAAGAGGCCAGUGGCAAAGUUCUAA